CAUACAUUAGCAUCUGGGGCUGCAGACAUGGAGAGGUCCGGCGGCAAACUUUUUUGUUGUAGACGGGUGUGCCACAGGGUUCCUGUGGCCCACAGAGAGGAACUGUACCACAUCCUGAAGAUGACAGGGCCUCUGCUGCUCUCUCGAAUCCUCAAUUACCUGCUUCCGUUUGUGGUUACGAUGUUCUGUGGCCGUCUGGGAAAUGACGUGAUGGCUGGCUAUGGAUUAGCUUCUGCUACAAUUAAUGUUACCACUGCAGCAACAGGAUAUGGUCUGGGACUGGCAUGUGAUACUUUGGUGUCUCAGACUUUUGGUGCUAAAAAUCUACUCCGGGUGGGCGUGAUCCUUCAGCGGGGCAUAAUCAUCCUCUUGUUGUUCUGUCUGCCUUGCUGGGGUCUCCUCAUUAAUGCUCAGGCCAUCCUACUAUGUGUGGGCCAGGGCCCUGAGGUGGCCAGAAUAGCCCAGCUGUAUAUUACUGCCUUCCUUCCUGCUGUACCAGCAAUGUUUCUACAUCAUCUUCAGGUGUCUUACCUGCAGAACCAGGGAAUAAUACUGCCACAAAUGUAUAGUGCUGCUCUGGCAAACAUUGCAAAUGUGGUGACAAACUAUAUUUUUAUUCACUGGCUGGAUCUGGGUGUUGGGCUUCAUGUAACAACAUGGGGAGGCUGGUCUGUAGAAUCACUGCAGGACUGGGGCUCCUACAUGAAGCUGGCUAUUCCCAGUACAUUAAUGAAAUGCUUUGAGUGGUGGGUUUAUGAGUUUGGGGGAUUCUUUGCAGGAAUGCUGAGCGAAAAUGAGCUGGCAGCCCAGCAUGCUGUCAUGAUGGUGGCUGUCAUAACAUAUAUGUUCCCUCUUGGUAUUCAAGCUGCGGCAUGUGCCCGGGUGGGUAAUGCUCUUGGUGCAGGAGACACCGGCAGAGCACUCCUAACUAGCAAGAUGUCCCUGACUCUUGCAGGUGGCAUUGCAGUUGUAGAAGGCCUUGUCCUUGGCUCCAUCAAAACAGUGAUUGGCUUCGUCUUCACGUCAGAUGAGAAGAUCAUAGGUCUGGUCUCACAGCUGAUGAAUGCUUACUGUUUCCUUCAGUUCUUUGAUGGUCUCGUGUGUGUGUGCACAGGCAUUUUCUUAGGCACAGGGAAACAGAAGAUUCCAGCUGUGGCUAAUUUCAUUGGAUACUACUGCAUAGGGCUUUCUCUAAGUAUCACGUUGACAUUCGUUGCAAAACUAAGAGUGUUGGGUUUCUGGCUUGGACUGCUUGUUUGUGUCAUUUUACAAUCUACCUUCUACAUUAUUAUCAUCUUUAAGCUGAAUUGGGAGCAAAUCACCGAGAAGGCUGUGAAACGAGCUCAGAAAAAUCCUUCGUUAUUAGGAAGAGCUACCGUGACAGGCACUGUGGAUAACAGCACCCAAGAUCAAACAUCAAGUAAUCUGAUGGAUGGCUAUAUGUCUGUGAGCACUGAGUGCCAAGAUAGGGGCACUGUGGUGCAGGAUCGAGAUGUGACACAGAAGCUGAAGGGCAGCCGCCUCUCCAUCACCCAACUGAUCCUCAGGCGAGGCCUCAUUAUGUUUGCUGCAGUUGCACUUCUUGCUUUGGGAGCAGGUGUUCACUUCCUUGUGCCUUUGCCCGAGACCAACUCUACUGUUGACUCGAUCAACACUACAUAUACUCCUGAUCAAAUUUUCUCCACCAUGUUGGUGCCAGAUGAAGAGUCAGAAUGAACAAUAGAGAACUGCAAUGAU